CACAAUUUAAAGUUAAUAUGUCACUUGUAGAUUAGACAGCAAACUACAUCCAACGUAUCAGCACACUGUAAACCUAUUUACGAAAUGUAUGAGACAGCAGCUUGGGCAAAGACAAGUAAGGAGUCUGAGUUUAAAAAGAUCAAUAUCCAGAGGAACCUUCCGGGGCCGAAGGAUGUCACCUUUGAUGUCCUUUACUGUGGAAUCUGUCACACUGACCUUCAUUUUGCUAAUGAUGAGCUAGGAUUGACAAGUUAUCCAGUGGUUCCAGGCCAUGAGCUCGCUGGGGUGGUCACAUCAGUUGGGACAGAUGUAACAAGUAUCAAGGUUGGGGAUAAUGUUGGAAUGGGUGCUAUAGUUGACUGCUGUGGUUCGUGCAUUCAAUGUACGGAAGGAGAGGAAAAUUAUUGUACAAAAGGUUUCACACUGGCAUUUAACUACCCUAUUGUACAUGGCGGGCUGAAAUCCCACACUGGAUACACCUUAGGAGGCUACUGUCAAACCAUGACAGUUAAUGAAAAGUUCAUCGUCAAGAUUCCAGAAAAUUAUCCCUUAGAAGCCGCAGGACCUAUUUUCUGUGCUGGUGUCACCAUGUACUCCCCACUAGCUCAUUGGAAUGCUUUAGCUGGAGGAAAGAAGGUUGGCAUUGUUGGCAUUGGAGGUCUUGGUCAAAUGGGAAUCAGGUUAGCCAAAGCAAUGGGAAAUGAGGUGACUGCGAUUUCAACAAGCCCAGCCAAAAAGAAUGACGCCUUGGCCAUUGGUGCUGAUACAUUCAUUGUUUCGGUGGAUUCGGAAAGCCUGGCCUCAGCAGAGAAUUCCCUUGAUUUAAUCCUAAACACAACAUCAGUUCCUAUUGAGAUAUCCAUCUAUCUGACUAUGCUUAGGAAAGAUGGAUCCUUUGUACAGUUGGGAAAUGUGACUUCUUCAAACAAUAUUGAUCAACUUCCUUUUAUCAUGAAGCGGAUUAGUCUUUCUGGGUCAUUUGCUGGAGGAACCCUAGACACCCAGAAAUGCAUGGACUUCUGUGCCAAGCAUAACAUUAUCCCUUCCACAAAGCUUGUUAAAGCACAUCAAAUUAAUGAGGUAUAUGAGACGCUGCAAGAGAAGAAUGAUCAAAUUAUACGCUAUGUUCUAGAUAUAAAGGCUAGUCUUUAAGAAGUUUAUUUUUUUCCAACUCACUUUCAGUGUUAUAAAAUCUAUAGGACUGUCAGAACUUUGACAAAAAGUCGAAAAUUUAAAAAUUUAAAAUCCAGAAAUCAGAAAUUUUGUGUGGUUAUUUUUGAACACUUGAUCUCAAAUUUAAAUUAGAGGAUCUUUGGUUGAUCCCUUUAUUAAAAUUGUCUUUUCAAGAUUUAGGGGAUUUUUGUUUACUGUAACCCUGAGGCAGAGGCCCAAAAGAAUUAUGCGCAUGCUCCACCCCGAACUAACCAGAGAGAGAAACAUUUGGUUUCUUUUAUUUGAAAUAAAACAUGUUUUGGUCUAUAAUUCAACACU